CGCAGCCGCAGCCGCAGCCGCAGCCGCAGCCGCCCCGGGCCGCGCCGCCAUGCCCUUGGCCUUCUGCGGCAGCGAGAACCGCUCGGCCGCCUACCGGGUGGACCAGGGCGUCCUCAACAACGGCUGCUUCGUGGACGCGCUCAACGUGGUGCCGCACGUCUUCCUGCUCUUCAUCACCUUCCCCAUCCUCUUCAUCGGAUGGGGCAGUCAAAGCUCCAAGGUACACAUCCACCAUAGCACAUGGCUCCACUUCCCUGGGCACAACCUGCGCUGGAUCCUGACCUUCAUGCUGCUCUUUGUCCUGGUGUGUGAAAUCGCGGAGGGCAUCCUGUCUGAUGGGGUGACUGAAUCCCGCCAUCUCCACCUGUACAUGCCAGCCGGGAUGGCGUUCAUGGCUGCUGUCACCUCCGUGGUCUACUAUCACAACAUCGAGACCUCCAACUUCCCCAAGCUGCUGAUAGCCCUGCUAGUCUACUGGACCCUGGCUUUCAUCACCAAGACCAUCAAGUUCGUCAAGUUCUAUGACCACUCCAUCAGCUUCUCACAGCUGCGCUUCUGCCUCACGGGGCUGCUGGUGAUCCUCUACGGGAUGCUGCUCCUGGUGGAGGUCAAUGUCAUCAUGGUGAGGAGAUAUAUCUUCUUCAAGUCACCAAGGGAGGUGAAGCCCCCUGAGGACCUACAGGACUUGGGGGUGCGCUUCCUGCAGCCCUUUGUGAACCUGCUGUCGAAAGGCACCUACUGGUGGAUGAAUGCUUUCAUCAAGACUGCUCACAAGAAGCCCAUUGAUCUCCGAGCCAUUGGGAAGCUACCCAUUGCCAUGAGGGCUCUCACCAACUACCAGCGGCUCUGUGAGGCCUUUGACACCCAAGCGCAGAAGGACUCGCAGAGCACACAGGGGGCCCGGGCCAUCUGGCAGGCACUUUGCCAGGCCUUCGGGAGACGCCUGGUCCUCAGCAGCACUUUCCGCAUCUUGGCCGAUCUGCUGGGCUUCGCUGGGCCACUGUGCAUCUUCGGGAUUGUGGACCACCUUGGGAAGGAGAACCGGGUCUUCCAGCCCAAGACGCAGUUUCUCGGGGUUUACUUUGUCUCGUCCCAAGAGUUCCUUGCUAAUGCCUACGUCCUAGCUGUGCUUCUCUUCCUUGCCCUCCUACUACAAAGGACGUUUCUGCAAGCAUCUUACUACGUUGCCAUUGAAACUGGAAUUAACUUGAGAGGAGCAAUACAGACCAAGAUUUACAACAAAAUCAUGCACCUGUCCACCUCCAAUCUGUCCAUGGGGGAAAUGACAGCCGCGCAGAUCUGCAACCUGGUUGCCAUUGACACCAACCAGCUCAUGUGGUUUUUCUUCUUGUGCCCAAACCUCUGGGCUAUGCCAGUGCAGAUCAUCGUGGGUGUGAUUCUCCUCUACUACAUCCUCGGAGUCAGUGCCUUAAUUGGGGCAGCUGUCAUCAUCCUACUGGCCCCUGUCCAGUACUUUGUGGCCACCAAGCUCUCCCAGGCCCAGCGGAGCACACUGGAGUACUCCAACGAGAGGCUGAAGCAGACCAACGAGAUGCUUCGAGGCAUCAAGCUGCUCAAGCUGUACGCCUGGGAAAACAUCUUCUGCACGCGCGUAGAGAUGACCCGCAGGAAGGAGAUGACCAGCCUCAGAGCCUUUGCUGUGUACACUUCCAUUUCCAUUUUCAUGAACACGGCCAUCCCCAUCGCAGCAGUGCUGAUCACCUUCGUCGGCCACGUCAGCUUCUUCAAAGAGGCCGACUUCUCACCCUCGGUGGCCUUUGCCUCCCUCUCGCUCUUCCACAUCCUGGUCACACCACUGUUCCUGCUGUCCAGCGUGGUCCGGUCUACAGUCAAAGCUCUAGUCAGCGUGCAGAAGCUGAGCGAGUUCCUGUCCAGUGCAGAGAUCCGUGAGGAGCAGUGUGCGCCCCGUGAGCCUGCGCCGCAGGGCCAAGCCAGCAAGUAUCAGGCAGUGCCCCUUAAGGUCGUGAACCGCAAGCAUCCAGCCCGGGAGGACUGUCGGGGCUUCUCGGCCCCGCUGCAGAGGCUGGCCCCCAGUGCAGAUGGGGAUGCUGACAGCUGCUGUGUCCAGAUCAUUGGAGGCUUCUUCACAUGGACCCCUGAUGGAAUUCCCACACUGUCCAACAUCACCAUCCGCAUCCCCCGAGGCCAGCUGACCAUGAUCGUGGGGCAGGUGGGCUGCGGCAAGUCCUCACUCCUCCUAGCCACCCUAGGGGAGAUGCAGAAGAUCUCAGGGGCCGUCUUCUGGAACAGCAGCCUUCCUGAGGAGACGGGAGAGGACCCCAGCCCAGAGCGGGAGACAGUGGCCGAUUCGGAUGUCAGGAAGAGAGGCCCUGUUGCCUAUGCUUCUCAGAAACCAUGGCUGCUAAAUGCCACUGUGGAGGAGAAUAUCACCUUUGAGAGUCCCUUCAACAAACAACGGUACAAAAUGGUCAUCGAGGCCUGCUCCCUGCAGCCGGACAUCGACAUCCUGCCCCACGGAGACCAGACUCAGAUCGGGGAACGGGGCAUCAACCUAUCUGGUGGCCAACGCCAGCGAAUCAGUGUGGCCCGAGCCCUGUACCAGCACACCAAUGUUGUCUUCUUGGAUGACCCCUUCUCAGCUCUGGAUGUCCAUCUGAGUGACCACCUGAUGCAGGCUGGGAUCCUUGAGCUGCUCCAGGACGACAAGAGGACAGUGGUCCUCGUGACCCACAAGCUCCAGUACCUGCCACAUGCAGACUGGAUCAUAGCGAUGAAGGAUGGCACCAUCCAGAGGGAGGGCACGCUCAAGGACUUCCAGAGGUCUGAGUGCCAGCUCUUUGAGCACUGGAAGACCCUCAUGAAUCGGCAGGACCAAGAGCUGGAGAAGGAGACUGUCGUGGAGAGAAAAGCCACAGAGCCACCUCAGGGCCUGCCCCGGGCCAUGUCCUCAAGAGAUGGCCUCCUGCAGGAUGAGGAAGAGGAGGAAGAGGAGGCCGCCGAGAGCGAGGAGGAGGACAACCUGUCCUCGGUGCUGCACCAGCGAGCCAAGAUCCCGUGGCGAGCCUGUGCCAAGUAUCUGUCGUCCGCCGGCAUCCUGCUCCUGUCGCUGCUCGUCUUCUCCCAGCUGCUCAAGCACAUGGUCCUGGUGGCCAUUGACUACUGGCUGGCCAAGUGGACCGACAGCGCCCUGACCCUGAGCCCCGCGGCCAGGAACUGCUCCCUCAGCCAGGAGUGCUCCCUCGACCAGACUGUCUAUGCCAUGGUGUUCACGGUGCUGUGCAGCCUGGGCAUUGUGUUGUGCCUUGUCACGUCGGUCACCGUGGAGUGGACGGGGCUGAAGGUGGCCAAAAGCUUGCACCGCAGCCUGCUGAACCGGAUCAUCCUGGCUCCCAUGAGGUUUUUUGAGACCACGCCCCUUGGAAGCAUCCUGAAUAGAUUUUCAGCUGACUGUAACACCAUCGACCAGCACAUCCCAUCCACGCUGGAAUGCCUGAGCCGCUCCACCCUGCUCUGUGUCUCAGCCCUGGCUGUCAUCUCCUAUGUCACGCCUGUGUUCCUCGUGGCCCUCUUGCCCCUGGCCGUGGUGUGCUACUUCAUCCAGAAGUACUUCCGGGUGGCAUCCAGGGACCUGCAGCAGCUGGAUGAUACCACCCAGCUCCCUCUGCUCUCCCAUUUUGCUGAAACCGUAGAAGGUCUCACCACCAUCCGGGCCUUCAGGUAUGAGGCUAGGUUCCAGCAGAAGCUCCUCGAAUACACGGACUCCAACAACAUCGCCUCCCUCUUCCUCACGGCUGCCAACAGAUGGCUAGAAGUCCGCAUGGAGUACAUCGGUGCCUGCGUGGUCCUCAUCGCCGCCGUGACCUCCAUCUCCAACUCCCUGCACAGGGAGCUCUCUGCUGGCCUGGUGGGCCUGGGCCUUACCUAUGCCCUAAUGGUCUCCAACUACCUCAACUGGAUGGUGAGGAACCUGGCGGACAUGGAGAUCCAGCUGGGGGCCGUGAAGCGCAUCCAUGGGCUCCUCAAAACCGAGGCGGAGAGUUACGAGGGGCUCCUGGCACCCUCACUCAUCCCGAAGAACUGGCCAGACCAAGGGAAGAUCCAGAUCCAGAACCUCAGUGUGCGCUAUGACAGCUCCCUGAAGCCAGUGCUAAAGCAUGUCAAUGCCCUCAUCUCCCCAGGACAGAAGAUUGGGAUCUGCGGCCGCACAGGCAGUGGGAAGUCUUCCUUCUCUCUCGCCUUCUUCCGCAUGGUGGACAUGUUUGAGGGGCGCAUCAUCAUUGACGGCAUCGACAUUGCCAAACUGCCACUGCACACCCUGCGCUCCCGCCUCUCUAUCAUCCUGCAGGACCCCGUCCUCUUCAGCGGCACCAUCCGGUUUAACCUGGACCCGGAGAAGAAGUGCUCGGACAGCACCCUGUGGGAGGCCCUAGAGAUCGCCCAGCUGAAGCUGGUGGUGAAGGCACUGCCUGGAGGCCUGGAUGCCAUCAUCACAGAAGGUGGGGAGAAUUUCAGCCAAGGCCAGAGGCAACUGUUCUGCCUGGCUCGGGCCUUCGUGAGGAAGACCAGCAUCUUCAUCAUGGAUGAAGCCACGGCCUCCAUCGACAUGGCCACGGAAAACAUCCUCCAGAAGGUGGUGAUGACGGCCUUCGCAGACCGCACUGUGGUCACCAUCGCGCACCGUGUACACACCAUCCUGAGUGCAGACCUGGUGAUUGUCCUGAAGCGUGGCGCCAUCCUUGAGUUCGACAAGCCAGAGAAGCUGCUCAGCCGGAAGGACAGCGUCUUCGCCUCCUUCGUGCGUGCAGACAAGUGACCUGCCAGAGCCCAAGUGCCACCCCUCAGGCCACCCUGCCCCCGUCUCCUGCCUGGGCUCUCUAACUGUAAAUCACUUAUAAAUAAAGAGAUUGGUUGUUUCCUACUGGAGGCCUCCUCAGGUCUGGUGGGCAGGGACCGGGGUGGCCUGUGGGUCCCACAGAGCCAGCCUGCCUGGCUUCAGGCACCUUGAAGCUGUGUGAGCAUGGGCAGCAGUGUGUUUCCUUCUCUGUGAAAUAAGGGUUAUAGUAUUAGUCUGUUCAGGCGGCCAUAACAAAAUAGCAGACACUGAGACUUAAACAAAAAUGUUUUCUGACAGAUCUGGAGGCUGGAAAUCCAAGAUCAAGGUGUCAUGGGUUUGGUUUCUCCUAAGGACCUAAUGAGCUCUUCACAGGCCCUAUCUCCAAAUACUGUCACACUGGGGAGCUUCAACAUAGGAACUUAGGGCUUUAACAAAUGGAUUUGGGGAGGGGAUACAAUUUAAUCCAUAACAGAGGUUAUAGCAUUUUUGUGAUUAUCUCAUUAGACAAAAGAUUAUUUCACUUUAUUUCUUGGAUUAAAAUUGUGGGGUGCCCUGGAUUAGUGCCGUUUCCAUGACAAAUGACAAGAACCCAACUCAAAGUGGCUUAAACUGGGGCAGCCUGGGUGGCUCGGUGGUUUAGCACCUGCCUUCGGCCCAGGGCAUGAUCCUGGAGACCCGGGAUCGAGAUCCACAUCGGGGUCCCUGCAUGGAGCCUGCUUCUCCCUUUGCCUGUGUCUCUGCCUCUCUGUCUCUCUGUGUUCCUCUCAUGAAUAAAUAAAUAAAAUCCUUUAAAAAAAAGUGGCUUAAACAAAAA